AUGUCGUCGGCUUCUUCCACGCAAGGGGAGGAGCGUCUUCCUAGCUCGAAGGGCAAUGACUCCUACUAUGAGAAGAGCACGUAUGAGAACCACAAGGAGAAUACUGUAUAUGAGCGCAUGUCCUUGAUUGAGCCCGAUGAGGUCGACGCUCUCACCCGCAUCGCAACGGAGCAGUCCCGCAAGCUCUCAAUCUCUAGAUCGGCUACGCACCGUCUCACCUCCGUCGCCGACGCAGACCCGGCGCUGAACCCUCAGUCGCCCGAGUUUAAUCUGGAAAAAUGGGUGAACCGUGCUAUGAAAGAAGUCGGCCCCGAGCGCACCAAGAAGUUGGGCGUGGCCUUCAGGAACUUGAACAUCUACGGAUCGGGUUCAGAACUGCAAUACCAACAAACGGUAGCAUCCUUUUUGGGCGCACCACUGCGGGUGGGGGAGCUUUUCCGCAAGUCUCCCAGUAAGCGGAUCCUGAAAAAUUUCAACGGUCUGCUGAAGAGCGGAGAGCUGCUCUUGGUGUUGGGCCGUCCCGGAUCUGGUUGCAGUACCCUGAUGAAGUCAAUCUGUGGCCAACUAGAUGGCCUGGAGAUUAGCGAGGACAGCGUUAUCCACUACAAUGGUAUCCCGCUGCGUCGCAUGAUCAAGCAGUUCAAGGGAGAGGUCGUCUACAACCAAGAGGUCGACCGUCAUUUCCCCCAUCUGACGGUUGGGCAAACCCUGGAGCAUGCGGCGGCCAUGCGAACCCCGUCCAACCGAUUCGAAGGAAUGACCCGCAAGGAAUUUGCCAAGUACAUGGCGGCCGUCAUGAUGGCCGUGUUCGGUCUCAGUCACACGUACAACACUCGGGUGGGUGAUGAUUUCGUCCGCGGUGUCUCCGGUGGUGAGCGCAAGCGUGUCAGUAUCGCCGAGAUGGCACUCUCGUCCGCCCCCCUGGGAGCCUGGGAUAACUCCACCCGUGGGUUGGACUCGGCCACGGCCUUGAAAUUCGUCCAGUCCCUGCGUCUGCUGUCUGACUUCCAGGGCUCUGCCCACGCGGUGGCCGCCUACCAGGCGAGUCAGAGCAUCUACGACACCUUCGAUAAGGUGGUCGUCCUGUACCAGGGCCACCAGAUCUACUUCGGCCCUGCUGCACGGGCGAAGGCUUACUUCGAAGCCCAGGGCUGGGAAUGUCCCCCUCGCCAGACCACGGGUGAUUUCCUGACCUCCAUUACCAACCCCUCCGAGCGUCGGGCCAAGCCUGGCUUUGAAUCUCGCGUCCCCCGCACCGCAGAGGACUUUGAGCAGGCGUGGCUGAACUCGGCCGACUAUCAGCAGCUCCAGACCGAAAUUGCCGAGUAUGAGAGCCAGUACCCGGUGGGCGAUGACUCGGCUGUGGCGGAGCUUCAAGAAAAGAAGCGUGAAGCGCAGGCCAAGCACACCCGUCCGCAGUCACCCUACAUGCUCAGUGUGCCCAUGCAAAUCCGUCUCAACACUACUCGCGCGUACCAGCGCAUCUGGAAUGACAUCGCGUCAACCAUGGCCGUCGUGAUCAGUCAGAUCGUCAUGGCGUUGAUUGUCGGUUCCACCUUCUACUCUGCUCCCAACACCACGGCAGGCUUCCAGUCCAAGGGCGCGGCUCUUUUCUUCGCAGUCCUUCUUAACGCGUUGACCGCUAUGAACGAAAUCAAUAAUCUAUACGCCCAACGUCCCAUUAUCGAAAAGCAUAAUUCCUACGCCUUCUACCACCCCGCCACGGAAGCGAUUUCAGGCAUCCUUGCCGAUAUACCGGUGAAAUUCGCUCUCGCGGUGGCGUUCAACAUCAUUCUGUACUUCCUCGUCGGCUUCGAAAGGAAGCCGGGCAACUUCUUCCUCUACUUCCUCGUCAGUUUCAUCAUUACCUUUGUCAUGAGCGCCGUGUUCAGAACAUUGGCUGCGGUUACAAAGACCAUCUCGCAAGCCAUGGGUCUAGCAGGUGUCAUGAUCUUGGCCCUCGUCAUCUACACCGGUUUCGUGAUUCCCAUCCCGUCCAUGCACCCCUGGUUCUCAUGGAUCCGUUCCACGGCCGCAAUUUCCCCCUGCGCCCAGUUCGUGCCCUCCUAUGCUGAUCUCUCUGGAAACUCCUUCUCUUGCUCGACCACUGGCGCUGUCGCUGGUCAGACUACUGUGAGUGGUGACGCCUACAUCUGGGAGAACUAUCAAUACACCUUCUCCCACAUGUGGAGGAACUUGGGCAUUCUCUUUGCGUUCCUUGUUGGCUUCAUGGCAAUCUACUUUAUCGCCUGUGAGCUGAACUCAUCCACUACUAGCACGGCUGAAUCUCUUGUCUUCCGUCGUGGCCACGAGCCCGAGUAUAUGCGCCGCAAGAUGCAAAACUCUACGUCGGAUGUCGAGACCUCCGAGGAUUCGUCCGCGGAUCAAGCGGUUGCGGAGGCCGGUGCCGGUGAUGAGGGAAUGGGCGCCAUCGAGCCCCAGACUGACAUCUUCACCUGGAACAACGUUUGCUAUGAUAUCGAGAUCAAGGGCGAGCCCCGCAGACUCCUGGAUCACGUCGCGGGUUGGGUCAAGCCUGGCACCCUGACUGCCCUGAUGGGUGUCAGUGGUGCUGGUAAGACGACGCUUUUGGAUGUUUUGGCCCACCGUACGACAAUGGGAGUUGUCACGGGUGACAUGUUGGUCAAUGGCCGUAGUCUGGAUGCUAGUUUCCAGCGUAAGACUGGUUACGUCCAGCAGCAGGAUCUUCAUCUUGAGACUGCCACUGUCCGUGAAUCGCUUCGUUUCAGUGCACUUCUGCGUCAGCCUAAGACCGUUUCAAUCCAGGAAAAGUAUGACUACGUGGAAGAUGUCAUCAAGAUGUUGCAGAUGGAAGACUUCGCGGAAGCUAUUGUCGGUGUCCCUGGCGAGGGGCUGAACGUUGAGCAGCGUAAGCUGUUGACUAUCGGUGUUGAGUUGGCUGCACGCCCCAAGCUUCUGCUUUUCUUGGACGAGCCUACCAGUGGUCUCGACUCCCAGAGUUCCUGGUCCAUCGUUUCCUUCCUCCGUAAGCUUGCCGAGCACGGCCAGGCUGUUCUGUGCACCAUUCACCAGCCCAGCGCUAUUCUGUUCCAGGAGUUCGACCAGCUCCUUUUCCUCGCUCGUGGCGGUAAGACCGUGUACUUUGGAGAGAUCGGUGAGCAGUCACGGACUCUCUUGGAUUACUUCGAGUCAAACGGCGCGCGUGUCUGUGAUGACGAGGAGAACCCUGCCGAGUACAUGAUCGAAGUUGUCAACCAGAUUAAGAACGCCGACGGCGUCAACUGGUUUGAUGUGUGGAAGAACAGUAAGGAAUGUCAGGCUGUCCAGACCGAACUCGAGCGCAUCCACAGGGACCAGCAGGAGAAGGUGCCCGCCGAUGUGUCCGACGUUAGUCUCUCCGAAUUCGCGAUGCCCCUCUGGUUCCAGAUCUACCAGGUCACCACCCGUGUCUUCCAGCAGUACUGGCGUAUGCCCUCCUAUGUUAUCUCCAAGUGGAUCCUGGGUGUUGCCUCCGGUCUCUUCAUCGGAUUCUCCUUCUUCCAAGCCAAGUCCUCCCUUCAGGGCAUGCAAACUGUCGUCUACUCCAUCUUCAUGCUCUGCACAAUCUUUACCCCCCUGGUCCAACAGCUGAUGCCUCUCUUUGUCACCUCCCGAGCCCUCUAUGAGGUUCGCGAGCGCCCCAGCAAGGCCUACUCCUGGAAAGCUUUCCUUCUCUCCAAUGUCCUCGUCGAAGUUCCCUACAUGAUCCUCACCGGAAUCCUCGUCUUCGGCUCCUACUUCUACGCCGUCGUCGGCGUCCCGUCCUCCCUCACCCAGGGCACUGUUCUCGUUUACUCUAUCCAAUUUUUCAUUUAUACCGGCACCUUCGCUCAGGCCGCCAUCGCAGCCCUCCCUGACGCUCUGACCGCCAGCGCCGUCGUCACCCUGAUCUUCGCCAUGUCCUUGACCUUCUGUGGUAUCAUGCAGCCCGUCGACGACCUUCCAGGCUUCUGGCAUUUCAUGUACCGCGUCGUUUGCGCCGCCCGGGAACUGUCCGUCUUCGACCCUCCCUCCGGCAAGACUUGCCAGGAGUACCUGAGCAAGUACGCCAGUUCCUCCGGGGGCCAGAUCAUCAACGGAAACGCGACCUCCCACUGCGAGUACUGUCCUCUUUCGGUGGGAGACCAAUUCCUUGCCUCCGUCAACAUCAAGUACGACCAGAUCUGGAGGAACUUCGGGUUGGUGUGGGUGUACAUCGUGUUCAACAUCUUUAUUGUUGUUUCGACGUACUAUCUCUUCCGGGUCCGUCGCUGGGACUUGGACAGCAUGAAGAAGAGCUUUGCCAAGUUUUCUUCCAAGAAGCAAUAG